AUGGCGGAGCCGAGCGGGCCGAGCGAGCCCGAGCCCGGCGCGGCUGCCGUGCCGGAGGCUGGGGAUGGGGCCGGAGCGGAGCGCAAGGCCGGGGCUGACCCCGCGGAGAGCCCCGACGUGUACAGAUACAUCAAGGGGGACUUGUUCACCUCCGAGAUCUAUAAAGUAGAAAUACAAAACCUUCCCAAGUACAUCGGAUUUAACGAUGUGAAAAAGUUCCUUGCCAAAUACGGGCUCAACCCUCAUAAGAUCAAACUUUUCGGGAAGCAGACGUUCGCGUUCGUGACGUUCAAGAGCGAGGAGGAGAGGGACAAGGCCAUGCGAGUCCUGCACGGGGUUCUGUGGAAGAGCCGGCACCUCAGCGUCAGGCUGGCCAAGCCCAAAGCUGACCCCAUCGCAAAGAAGAGGAAGAAAGAAGAGGAGACGGAGCAGGGAGAGGUGAAGCGACCGGCUCCCCGCAAGGCCAGCGGAGAGGAGCCCCUGAGCAAGCAGAUAGCGGACGUGGUGACCCCGCUCUGGAACCUGCCCUAUGAGGAGCAGCUGGCCCAGAAGAAGCAGGAAUGUGAGCAAGUGCUGCAGAAGCUGACAAAGGAAAUAGGAAAUAACAACAGAGCUUUAUUACCUUGGUUGUUCCUGCAGAAGCAGAAGUAUAAUAAAUUGUGUUGCCCAGUAGAGGGAGUGAAAGCGUCACCAUUACAGACUGAAUAUCGCAACAAAUGUGAGUUCUUGAUUGGGAUUGGUGUAAAUCAAGAAGACAAAACUGUGGGUUGUCGUCUUGGCAAAUAUAAGGGUGGUACAUGUGCUGUAGUGGAGCCAUUUGAUACUAUUCACAUUCCUGCUAUUGCCAAAAAGGUAGUAAAAGCUUUCCAAGACUACAUAAGGUCAACUCCUUACUCAGUUUACAGCCCCGAAACCUACGAAGGUCACUGGAAACAGCUCACGGUCCGGACCACCAGGAAUGGCCACGUUAUGGCAAUUGUUUAUUUUAAUCCUCAGAAAUUAAGUAAAGAAGAGCUAGCUGACCUGAAAAUCUCUCUGGCAAAAUACUUCACAGAAGGGAUGGGAAAGAGCAGCGGCGUCACGUCUCUGUACUUUGUGGAGGAAGGACAAAGGAAAUCUCCCAGCCUAGAAGACCUGCCUUUGGAGCAUGUGGCUGGUGACAAGUACAUACACGAACAACUUCUGGGCCUAAAAUUUAGGAUUUCGCCUCAUGCAUUUUUUCAGGUGAACACACAAGCUGCCGAAGUUCUGUACACGGCCAUUGGGGAGUGGGCGCAGCUGAGCCCAGAGAGCACCCUGCUCGACAUCUGCUGCGGUACAGGAACUAUCGGGAUUUCUUUGGCAAAGAAAGUGAAGAAAGUGAUUGGAAUUGAACUCUGCCAAGAAGCUGUACAGGACGCCAAAGUGAACGCCCAGAUUAACGAACUGAAUAAUAUUGAAUUUCAUUGUGGGAAGGCUGAAGAUAUUGUUCCUUCCCUAAUUAACGUAUUAGCUCCUCAGAACCUGAUUACUAUUGUAGAUCCGCCACGAGCUGGACUGCAUUCCAAGGUGAUUCUUGCCAUUAGAAGAGCUGAGCAUCUGAAGAAGCUGAUCUAUGUAUCCUGCAAUCCCAGAGCUGCAAUGAAUAACUUUGUGGAUCUCUGCCGGGCCCCUUCCAACAGAGUCAAAGGAGCCUCGUUCCGUCCCGUCAAAGCGCUGGCCGUGGAUCUGUUCCCUCAGACCCGGCACUGCGAGUUGCUGAUCCUCUUUGAGAGGGUUGACUGUGCAAACGGGAGUUGUGCUGGAGCAACACCUGAUGCUGCUCAUGUCACAACAGCCGGACCAGACUGUGAGUGCUUGGAUGGCACCAGCCCCCCCACCGCUCCGAGCCAGGCAGAUCCUGCACCCAACGGGGGGGAAUCCACUUAACUCCUGAGACGCUUUCCACAAACUGUUACCAUUCAAGAAAAAGUUGUAAUUCAGUUUAAUUCCAGGUGAUGUCGAACCGUGUAAAUAUUCAGUUCCUUACCAAAAAAGUGAUUAAAUACUUCCAUGACUAA